AUGGAAGGCUCAACAACCACCACAACUAUCAUUCCUCAAAAUGAUCACAGUCUUCCUCCAUCACCUCCGAGCACGGCGAAGCCAUCUCGGAUAGGCAGUUUCCACGAUCUACAAAGCCUCUCAUCGGCUGAUCAUACAACUCUUGAUGAAUUCAAGCCAUAUCCCCUUCCUCCAAAGUCAUUACCAAAGUCUGUCCUAAAGGAAGAUAUAAAAACUCCCGACAAUUUUGUCGAAAGAGAUCCCCGUCUUAUCCGUCUCACCGGAGUUCACCCCUUCAAUGUCGAGCCACCCCUGAACGACUUGUACGACGAAGGCUUCCUGACUAGCGAAAACCUUCACUAUGUGCGGAACCAUGGCCAUGUUCCUAGGUGUGAAGAUGACGAGAUCCUCGAUUGGGAAUUCGAAGUUGAGGGCCUUGUCGAAAACCCAAUCAAAAUGACCGUACGAGAUCUCAUCAACGACUACCAGCAAUUGACUUACCCGGUAACAUUCGUAUGUGCCGGAAACCGUCGCAAAGAACAGAACAUUGUCCGAAAAACCAAAGGUUUCUCUUGGGGCGCUGCGGGCUUAUCGACCGCUCUUUGGACUGGUGUAGCUAUUGGCGACUUACUUGCUGCCGCAAAACCCAAGCGUGGUGCCAGAUAUGUUUGCUUCGAAGGAGCAGACAAGCUACCCAAUGGCUACUAUGGAACUUCCAUCAAACUCAACUGGUGUAUGGAUCCCAACAGAGGUGUCAUGGUGGCGCACAAGAUGAAUGGAAAGACAUUGCACCCAGAUCACGGCAAACCUGUUCGUCUUGUUAUCCCUGGGCAGAUUGGUGGCCGAAGUGUCAAGUGGCUUAAGAAGAUAACGAUCACUCAAGAACCUAGCGAUAAUUGGUACCACAUCUACGACAAUCGUGUGCUGCCGACUAUGAUCUCUCCCGAAGAGAGCGCAGAUUUACCCGAAGUCUGGAAGGACGAGAAAUACGCCAUCUACGAUCUCAGCACCAAUAGCGCCAUAUGUUACCCUGCCCAUCAAGAAAGAGUUCUUCACGCAAACGCGCCAGACAAAUACAAGGUACGGGGGUAUGCCUAUGGUGGUGGUGGAAGACGUAUCACUAGAGUCGAGAUUACCCUUGAUAAGGGUAAGACGUGGAGACUCGCAAACAUCCGGUACCAUGAAGACGAUUAUCGCAACGCACCUGAAGGUGAUACACUCUAUGGUGGACGAGUCGACAUGUGGUGGCGUGAAACAUGCUUCUGCUGGUGCCUUUGGGAUCUCGACAUCCCAAUGGAUGAGCUGAAAGGUGCAGAUGAUAUCAUGAUGCGCGCUAUGGAUGAGUCCAUGAACAUCCAGCCUAGAGACAUGUACUGGAGUGUUCUGGGAAUGAUGAACAACCCUUGGUUCCGUAUCGUGAUUCAUAAGGAACACGAUGCGCUUCGCUUCGAGCACCCUACACAUGCUACUCUCAAGAUCAAAGGUUGGAUGGAACGUGUCAAGGAGGCCGGUGGCAAUCUCACCAAUGGUUACUGGGGUGAGGUUGCACCAGGUGAAGCACAGCAAGUUGUCGUCAAGGAGCCUGAGAAACAGAUCUGUUUGACGAACCCUCAGGUUAACCGCCAGAUUACUAUCCAAGAGCUCAAAGCUCACGAAGGUGAAGAUGAGCCUUGGUUUGUUAUUCAUGGCGAAGUUUAUGACGGUACCCCUUAUCUCUCGGGCCAUCCUGGUGGCGCAGCAUCCAUUUUCGGUGCAGCUGGCCAAGAUGCUACUGAAGAGUUUAUGGCUAUUCAUAGCGAAAAUGCAAAAGCCAUGCUACGAACUUACCACAUCGGCACUCUCGAUAAGGAGUCCCGAGCCAUACUCAGUGGCGAUGCAGCCACAGCAACCGGUAAUGCAACCCGAGAUACUUUCUUACAAGCCAAGACCUGGAGCAAAGCCAUCUUAUGCAAGAAGACAUCCAUAUCACCUGACACAAAGAUAUUCACCUUCAAGCUUGAUCACGAAAAUCAAAAGAUUGGUCUCCCUACCGGCCAGCAUCUUAUGAUACGUCUACGCGAUCCUGCUACAAGAGAAGCCAUCAUCCGCUCAUAUACACCAUACUCCGAUGGGUCAGACUGUGGCCUGUUGGAGAUCCUCAUAAAGAUCUACUACGAUACACCUGAACGCAAGGGCGGUGUCAUGACACAGGCUCUAGACUCAAUUCCUAUUGGUCAUUGGGUUGACUUCAAGGGUCCUGUGGGCAAAUUUGUCUACCAAGGUAACGGUCGAUGUACCAUCAAUGAUAGAGAGCGUCGUGUCCGUCGCUUCGUUAUGGUCUGCGGAGGCUCUGGUAUUACACCUAUCCGCCAAGUACUUCGCGCCGUAAUGCGAGACCCCAAUGAUACAACACCCUGCAUUGUCUUUAACGGAAACCGCAGCGUGCAGGAUAUCCUCUGCAAGGAGGAGCUCGACAGUCUUGAGGCAGUCAAUCCUUCGAAGUGCCGUAUUGUCAAUGCUCUGUCCGACCCACCGCCUGUCUGGAAUGGCAUUAAGGGUUUUGUUAACCAAGCGUUGACCCCUGAGCAGAUGGUUUUACCCAAAGCAAGUGGCGAGGGCGAUGAGCUGGUGCUCGUGUGUGGACCUCCACCAAUGGUCAAGUCUGUCGAGGCGACAUUUACGGCUUUAGGCUUCAAAGCCGAUGAUUUUGUGUUCUUUUGA